UACUCUAUUCAAUUACACUUAUUGGUGGUAUGAAUGACUAAGUAAAAGCAAGUUAAAAGAGUUGGUAAAACAAAAGUCAUACUUUACCAGUGAUUCAGUGUUUAUAUUAGCUAACUAACUGUUGACGUUCGCAUGCUAUGCUAGCCAGCCAGCCAACUGAUUGCCAGAAGAUACUGACCCUACCGUUAUGCUUGUUUACACUGAGCUGCACUGGGGUCGGAAAGCAUUAAUGGUUACAUUUAAGACACCUUGGAGCCGGCGUGAGAUAUUGUUCCGAAAACGUACCUCGAUGAAGGGAUGGGAUAUGCCAGUGACACUACUCCAAAUGUUACUAUUAUCCGCAAUGAUACAUUGAGAAGAUUGAACCACUGCUAUUUUCCUGGCUUCAUGCCAGCUAGCAGUAUCUAUCGAUAGAAGCCAUUUUCAGUCAAUUAGCUCCUUGUGUUGUUCAACAUGUGCCAUUCCAUAAUGGCUACUGCUAACUAGCCUGAGGACGAAAAUAGUAUUUCAAUCUUCUCAAUGGAGCAGUGUGGAUAAAGGUCAAAUUUGGUGAACAGUGGCAUAUCCUAUUCCUGCGUUGAGGUAAGUUUUCCGACCCAUACCUUGUGCCGGCGCCACGGUGUCUUAAUGAAACUAACCGUGAUUGCGUGCCGACCCCAUUGCCGCUCAGUGCAAGAAAGUGUAAAGGAGGGCAUGUCUACUCUCAUCGACAGGACGAUGAGGAUGAGGAGGGAGGAGCAGGCACGCCAAGUGGUCCUCGCCUGGGCAGUCCUCAAUGUGUCGCUAGCUGGCAUGAUCUACACAGAGAUGUCAGGUAAACUGCUGAGCCUGUACUUCAGCAUCUCUUACUGGCCUAUCUGGUACAUAGAGCUGGCCUUCGCCUCAGUCUUCAGCCUCAACGCCCUGUUUGACUUCUGGAAGUACUUCAAAUACACCAUGGCCCCCUCUACCAUCACUGUUACCCCUGAACAGCACUGUCUUCUUGGCCUCAGAAACUCAGGUAUCCAGGCGUCACCCCCGCUGAAGCAAGAAAAGCAGGAGGCUCAAGCCCCGGCUCAGUCGUCACCCCUCCAGGGUCAGAGUGUGCUCAGCUUCAGUCCCUCCAGGCCGGCCAGCACCAGCCCCAAGUUCUCCCCCAGCUGUGUUCCCGGAUACAGCCCCCUUUUGAGCAGUCCGUCCACCCCGGGCAGCGUGGGACACUUCAUCCCCUCCCUGGUCUUUGGAAAGUUGAACUUCAGCCCCCCCUCAUCCUACCCCAGCAGCAUUGGCCCAGUGGAUGGCACCAGCCUGAGGGCACGCUACCGCACCUCUCCCUCCGUGUUCAACUCCCCCGGGGGCAAGGAGGACUACAUGGAGUCCCUGAAGACCCUGGACAGGUUCCUCCGCACCGAGGAGGAGAAGAGCCACCGCAGUCAGUUAGGGAGCCCAGAGUCGGUGUCGCCCUCCCACAGCCCGACGUUCUGGAACUAUAGCCGCUCGGUGGGAGAUUAUGCCCAGAGCCUGAGGAAGUUCCAGUACCAGCCGGCCUGCCGCUCCCAGGCCCCCUCAGCCAGCAAGGACGAGACGGACCUGGGCUCCAAACAGGCUGCAGAGGAGGUUUGGGCCAGAAUCACAACCAGUCGUCUCGUGGUGGACAGCAUAGACAGCUGGACGGCCAAGCUCAGAAAUUGGAUAAAUGACACCAUUCUAGUGCCACUUGUGAAGGAGAUGGACUCAGUAAAUGGCCAGCUUAGGAGAAUGGGCUGCUCUGAGCUCCAGAUUGGAGAAGCCAGUAUAGCCAGUCUAAAACAGGCUGCUGUUUUGAAGGCCUCAGUUAUCCCCACCAUGCCUGCUAUUGUGCAGUACCUGGACAUCACCCCUAACCAAGAGUAUCUAGUGGAGAGGAUCAAAGAGCUGGCCCAUAGUGGCUGCAUGAGUUCUUUCCGCUGGAACAGGGGCGGGGAUCUCAAAGCCAGGAAGUGGGACACAGACCUCCCUUCAGACUGUGCUAUCCUCAUACAUGUGCUGUGCACAUACCUGGACUCCCGACUCCCGCCUCACCCCAAGUACCCCGACGGAAAGACCUUCACCUCGCAGCACUUCACCCAGACGCCAGACAAACCCGACGUGACGAAUGAAAACCUUUUCUGCGUUCACCAAAGUAGCACCAAUCCCCCGUACUACCAACUUAUCUACCAGGGCCAUGUCUACAGCCUGCCCAAGGGAAGGAACAACUUGUUCCACACUGUUCUCAUGUUCCUCUUCAUCAUCAAAACCAAGGAGUCUGGGAUGCUGGGGAGAGUAAAUCUGGGCCUUUCAGGCGUGAACAUCCUGUGGAUAUUUGGGGACUGAUGCAAUCUCUCUCUUGAGCAUUUCACAGCAGUAUCAGAGGAGGUUAGAGGGCAGAUACUUCCCUGAAAUAUUUUGUCACCUCAACGUUUGUUUGUGAAACAAUACAUCAUAGCUUCUGAUAACACAAAUAUUCUGUAGAUGUUAGUUACCAUAACUGUCCUCAGAUCCAGGUUCAUAAGGAAGCACUUAUGAGUAACAUUUUGUCGUACAUUUGUUGAGUCAUUUUUCUUAGAAACGGCAGACCACGUUUUCUCUGUUUUAUUUCAUUUGAAAGUAGCUAUUGUCAUUUGUGACAUUUUUAAAUCAAAUUAUUACAAAGACCAUGACAUUUAGUUUUAUAUUAUGUUGCAUCAAAAACAACAGUACUGUAUUUUAACCCGGGACAUCCACAAUUUACUUGAUUUAUUUGAAAUAUUCUGUGAAUGUAUCAGGAUAGUGUCCUUGUAAAUAGUAUGCCAUUGGGUUGAACCCUCCUGGCUUGAAUGGAUGUCAGUGAGUUUUUCUUUUUGUAUGAAUUGUUUGAGAGAGCUUGAAUAUUGCAGCUAGGGUGCUUGAGUUCUUCCUUUUUGUUGAAUGACAGGGUUUGGAGUGGUAGAAAGUUACCUGCAUACGAAUGCAUGGCUUUGUUUACUAGGGCUGCAGUUACUUGCAUUGGCAUGCAUAUUAUAUCUAUUCUAACAAGACGUUUGUUCCACGGUUCAAAUGCUUGAUAGCUACAAAGCCAUGCAUAUGGUAUGCCUUUUAGAAUUUCUAUAUUAUGGAAGGUUCCAAGUAAAUUGCUGUUAUUUUUAUUACCAAAGUCUUUACUUGGAGAAUUAUGAUGUAUACUGGUCAAAGAGGUGUCUUUUAUGAUAGGUUGUGUGAAUGUCAUUCAUUUAGAUUUUUUUUUUUUAAAGACGGUAACGGGCUUCAUGGACUUCAUGGGGCAACUGCAAUGUACUCCAACCCCCCUCAUUCAAUCAAAUUUGAAUUGUUUGUAGUGAUGUGGUUUUCAAUUGAGACAUGGAAAUAAACAUCAUUGAUUGAA